AUGGGUCUUGGCGUCGUCGUUGAGCCGCUGGUGGUCAUUGUGCUCUUGUUUGGAGGUACCUGGGUCAAUAGGACGACUGAAACGUCUUCUACGUCGUCAUCCUCUUAUAUUCGUCGGCGAGAAUCGAGCGCGACCCGAGCAGACUCUCCUGCCCUCUCGGAGUCUGGGUAUUCGAGCCCGACAUCCAAAGAUGGACUGUUGAGCUCUCGAUCCCUCUCCCCGCUGCCAGGAGUAUCUGAUGAUCAAUGGCAGAAGCGGCAUAUUAGCUUGUUUGGCUUGUCUUGGACGGUUAUGUCUCCCAAUACCCAUGUCUUCCAAGACCGCCUCUUGAGUCGCCUACUUCGAAGACUUCCGUUCCUGGUGGAAUGCUGGUACUGGGCAUUGGUAUACUGGACCUAUCAGCUCGGCCGUGCAUUCACUGCGGUCACUCUUCAGGAAAGUACCGUCAAGGUGGCCAGACGACAUGCGCUCCAAUUGAUCCGGAUAGAGGAGAUACUGGAAAUUUUUUGGGAAGUCAAGAUUCAACAGUUCUUUCUUCGCCAUCCGUUGAGCUUGAAAUGGAUUAACUGGAUUUAUUCCUUCAUCCAUAUUCCCGGGACUAUCGCGUUCCUGGUGUGGCUGUAUUACUAUACUAUCACGCGAAACCGAAUCGAAGAAUCUCAACAUAUGAAGCCACGCGGGAUUGUGAGGGGAGCACCAUCAGGGCCAUUACUCUACCAAGCGCGACGACGAACACUGGCAGUCUGUAAUCUUCUGGCCUUUGUGGUGUUUACCUUAUGGCCGUGUAUGCCGCCUCGAUUGCUUAGCGAUCCCGAUGUUGAUGGUCAUGACGGUGACGUGGGUCGAAGUUAUGGAUUUAUAGACACUGUGCAUGGUGCCAGCGGUGCGAGGAGCGUGUGGACAGAGAAUCGCUUCUGUAAUCAAUACGCGGCAAUGCCAUCCUUACAUUUUGGUUAUUCGCUCAUGAUUGGGCUCACUAUUAUGACUAUUCCUAUUCCAUCCCACAACCAGCGAAUUCUUCACCCUCGUUUUGGCCGAGGAAGUGGAUGGCGCCUAAUCUGCUGGCGUCGCUUGGUCUGCCUGAUGCUCGGGUUCUUCUAUCCAUUCAUCAUCCUGGUCGCCAUUGUGGCUACCGCAAACCACUUCCUCCUUGAUGCAAUUGCAGGGGCUAUAGUAUGCGCCGUCGGAUGGCAGUUCAAUGGUGUUCUGCUGAAUCUUUUGGCGGUAGAGGACUACUUCCUCUGGCUGGUCCGAAUCCACAAACCGGAACCGUUUGCAGGGCGGGUGAUUGACAAACCAGAAGACUGGGACUCAGAUGACUCGGACUCUCGGCAACCUGUGUUAAUAGCAUGA